CCUACAACAAGUUUGACAGCUCAGCCUUUAGUCUUCAGCCGCAACAGCACCGCAUACUUGGAUUUUCUCCUGGAAUUUAUUAUUAUAAUUUUUUUUUACCUGUCGGCUUUUUAUAAUCCUUUUUCAUGUUGCGUCUCCUGUUAGCUAUGAGGGAAUUUAUGCGUCCGUAGGUUGACUCACUUCUCCCACUUCUUUUUUCUUUUUUAAGUUCACGUUGGAGUUGUUUCUGUGAAACACAUAUCAGAAACCUACUUUAUUAUUUUUUAAUUAUUAUUAUUUUUAAUCGUUUUGGACGUGACAGAGAGGACAAACAUGUCGAAGAGCGCGGAGGAGGUGAGCAAGCUCACCGAAACCACAUACCGGAACGUGAUGGAACAUUUCAACCCAGGGCUGAGGAACCUGGUCAACCUGGGGAAGAACUAUGAGAAAUCAGUUUCUGCCAUGGCAAUGGCAGGAAGAUUGUAUUUUGAUGCACUUUCUAAGAUUGGGGAGAACGCUACAUCCUCUCCCGUCUCCAAAGAAUUGGGCGCAGUCCUGAUGGAGAUCUCUGAGGUCCACAGGAGAGCUCAGUACGAGCUGGAGGAAAAUUUUAAGAGGUUCCACAGGGACAUUAUAACGGAAUUGGAGAGGAAGACUGACAUGGAUGUCAAAUAUAUGACGGCCACAUUUAAGAGAUACCAGACGGAGCACAAGAUCAAACAAGACUCUCUGGAACGGUCCCAGUCCGACCUGAAAAAGCUGAGGAGGAAGAGCCAAGGCAAAAAUGCUAACAAGUACGAGAACAAGGAGAGUGAGUGCCUGGAGACGUUGACCAACCGACAGACGGACAUGCAGUUGUUCCUUGCAGACGGCUGUAAAGAGGCUCUGCUGGAGGAAAAGAGACGCUUCUGCUUCCUUGUUGACAAACACUGUAUGCUGACAUAUCAGUUUGGUUCGUUCCACGAUAAGACCAGAGACAUACUGAGUGAAAAGCUGAGCAGCUGGCAAGAACAGUGCAAGGACGCCACCAACAUUCCCGAAAACGUGGUGGCUAUGAUCGAGGGCCUGCGCGUACCGGUGUCCAUCACACCCAUGCCGUCGCCCUCACCGUCACGACACAGCGUGAACAUUCAUCCUCCUGCUCCGGCUCAGAAAGCUCUGGCCAGCCCUUUGGCUAACAUGUUCACCCAGGACAACACCAAUAGCGUAACCACCUCCUCCCACACCAAUGCAGACCACGCGAACAGCGAGGAUAACGGUCUUGGCAGGUCUGUGUCUGUAGCCACAGGUCUGAAUAACAUGGUGAAGAGGCCUCGUGUGCGCACCAUCUUCCCCCACACUGCAGGGAACAACAGCACGCUCAUCAGCUUUGACGAGGGCGACAUCAUUAUCCUGCUCAUCCCCGAUGAAAGAGACGGCUGGAUGUACGGAGAACUGGAAAAGAAUGGAAAGAGGGGCUGGUUCCCUUCAUCCUACUGCCGCGCUCUCACAGAGACUCCCGUGAAUAACAACAGCGGGCCUCCUGCCCCGUUCCGCAGCAGGAGUGUGGUCAACCUCCACCAUCAGGACACGGAGACAGAUGAGGCCACCAUGGUGCUCCCCCCAGCGGACUACUGCGACGUGCCGCAGCGAAACGCCAUUAAGAACAAUGUUUCCUCCUCUAGCAGCGUGGUCACAAACAACCACCACUAUUCCUCUCCCGCCACCGCCGCCCCCCCAGCACCGUUGUCCUCGUCUGAUCACAGCGCGGGGGUCCAGUCCAACGGCACCUCCAGACCUCCGCCCGCUUUCCUCGCCGGAGGGAACCCAUUCGCCACAGUGAGGCUACGUCCAACUGUCACCAACGACCGUUCCGCUCCAGCCAUCUGACCCGUCCUCGCAAAAUCGAUUUCCCUUCAGCCUCCGCCCGGUCAGCUGAUCGAGUCCUCCGCCACCACCGCGCUGCAGCUCGUCCUGAGGGAAAGUGACGCCACCGGAACCCCGGAUCAUCCUGCAGCGGCGUUCUGACACAGCCGUGUUUUAGGGCGGAUUUUAUUUACUGCUAUUUAUGACAUGUAUGUUUUCUACGUUUAUUGGCGUCUGUGGUGGUGAGACCUACAACACCACAUUUCUGCCUGCAAUCUAAACAAAUAGUUCAAAUGAUAUUUAUAUUGCUGUUGCUUGUUCAUAAUCAUGCAGGCUGAUUGAACUGUUGCCAUAGGCCAGGACUGUUGGCCGUUCACAUCUCGCCUUCAGGAUUUUGUCAAACGGCACAUGAGAGCGCUUGUCCUGGUGAACAGACACUUGAACAUGACUAUAGCCUCCUGAACCCUUUUGCCUUAUGUAUAAACCAGCUUUGAAGACAUUAUGUUGCAUUAUUUGCUCCCCUGACACUCACAGCUCAGUUUGUCCUCAACCAUAUUCACACAUGCAAUAAAAGUUCAUGUAUUGAAGUUUUUAUUUCAAUUCGAUUGCACCUUUUAUGCAAGUCAAACACAGGUAGCAUUUUAAUUACAAUAACUCAUAUAAAAGUAGGAGCCUCCAUCAGGAGAGCGUGCAGAGUGUUUACUAAAGCAAAUUUUCCUGAAACUUUCCCAUUAGUUUUACAUAAACUUAUGCUUUGACAUGGAAGACGAAACCGACAGACGUGAGAACAAAGACGUUCUGUUGAUUGUCAGCAUGGGGUGGUCACACAGUGGAGAUCAGAUCCAGAUAGUUCUUGGAUUGAAGCUCUGAAUACCAUCUUUAAAAACUAUUCAAGAUGGAGGCAACUCUUUAAAAAAAAAAAAAACACAUUUAAACUUAUGUUCCUGAGGUCUGCAUUGGCCAAAAAAAAAAAAAAAAAA